AUCAUUACUGUCAUUGUGACUGCACCAGGAAGGGCUCUCAGUUUAUGGUUUUAUUGCCCUAGCAUAAAAAGAGUGAAGUCCCCUUUGUAACAGAGCAACAGUUGGUGAGGUGCAACACAGAAGGUGAAACGAGACCCAAUCGGAUAACUUCGCCACUGGAGGAUCUGUUUGAAGUCCCCAAGAUUUAGGACCUGUUUCUUUUUCAUCGAUUUAUUUUGGAAGACGUCUCUUGACUUCUUUAUCAGACACAUUUUUUCGUGUAUUGCUUUGGAGGACGGUCAUGUCCACUGGUGUGGAAAUAGUAGGUUUCUUCCUCGGCGUGGCGAGCUGGUUACUCACAGGGUCGUCUGUGUCGAAUGACUUCUGGAAGGUCUCCUCCUUCUCAGGCAGCGUGAUCAUUUCCUCACGCCAGUACCAGAACCUCUGGCACUCGUGUGCGGAGGACAGCACCGGCAUCAAAAAUUGCAGAGACUUUGAGUCCUUGCUGGCCCUGCCAGGCUAUGUUCAGGGAUGUCGCGCCUUAAUGAUUAUCGCCCUGCUCCUGGGCCUGGCAUCCAUCAUUGUGUCGGUCCUGGGACUGAAGUGCACUAAAUUAGGAAGCACGUCCCAGGAGGCCAAGGGCAAGAUCGCCUUAACAGGAGGCACUUUAUUUAUCCUGUCAGGCUUGUGCACUUUAUCUGCUGCGACCUGGUAUGCUGUACGCAUUGUGCAAGAAUUUUAUGACCCUUUCUACGGAGGCACAAAAUUUGAGCUGGGUGCUGGUCUGUACAUGGGCUGGGGGGCAGCUGCUCUCGCCAUUCUGGGAGGGGCGAUGCUGUGCAGCUCAUGUAAGAUGGGAACAUCUGGGAUGCCACAAGGGGGUUACAGGUAUAAUUACUCCGCACAAGGACCAGAGAAGACAAUCUAUCGGACGGCUCCAGUAUCUGAAUCGGGAACCUUAAAGGCUUAUGUCUGACUGUGCUUUAAAGAACCUCUGCCAUUGUAUGAUUUAAGGAACGUGUAAUAUCUAUGUCUUUUUAUUUUUACUGUGAGUGUACUUUUGUGACCCCAUGUGUGUGCAAGUUUUUGUAUGAGCCAUUAAUUUCGUAGCCUAUAACAUGUAAUUGUGUAGAUAGUGGAUUUAUUUUGGAAUUACUUCUGUGUCUUGCUGAAUAAAUACAUUAUUUGUACUCGA